AUGUCCCGCCAACUCAUCUCCAGCGAAAAGUUCCCUCCCAAGCCUCACAACUGCCCCGCCGUCAAAGUCCCCGGCCUCGUCUUCCUCGCCGGCCAAACCGCCACUGGAGAAAUCAAACAAGCCACUCGCACCGUCCUGCAAAACCUAAAAGAAGUCCUCGAGCUCUCAGGAUCCUCCCUCGAACAGGUCGUCAAGUACAAUGUGUACCUGGCCGACAUGAAGGAUUUUGCGGCGAUGAACGAGGUCUACAUUGAUUUCCUGCCCAAGCCCAUGCCGUCGCGCUCGUGCUUGCAGGCUGUGCCCCCCGGUGAGGGGACGGUGAUUGAGAUUGAGUGUAUUGCGCAGGUUUAG